GCGGUCGCUAAGCUUGAAUGUUCACGUCGCGUAUUAAACCUGGUCGUUUUGCGGUUAUAUCGAAGCGUAAAGGUCAACAGUGGUUGUUGAUGAGCGAGCAAUUAUUGUGCAGUUGCGAUGGGUUCUGUGGAGCAAGCGAGCCAGAAGCAGGAGCACACGUUACCUGCAGAUUAGCCGAUGGUUAUUUGGAGCGGAUUCGUCGAUUAUUCUCGAAUUUAUAGCGCUUCGUGUGAAGGCGCGUGGAGAUGGUCUGUUUGUUUUGUAGCCAGCCUUUAAUUCUUCUUUAGUGGAUAGUAUCUACAAUUUCAAAACUCAACAAAAUGUCACUUAAAACGGCCAGGAAAGACAAGGAUACGUUCAGUUGAAAGUAUCUUAGCUUUGUUUUGUUAUAUUUUGACUUUUAGACUAUUUUAGGCCAUGGGAGUUUCGACGACUCAUCGCAUUAAUUUGUCCAUGUGGAUAUUAAUAUAUUCAUUCAGUGACACAUACUACGUCUGGGCCGCCUGUGGUUAUAAAGGAGAAAUAAAGACAAUAAUACUUAUAUUUUCUGUUCCAAAAACUCAAAAUUUUAAUGAAGAAGAGAAAAUGCACAAUGAAAUUUCAAAAGAACCGGCCGCGCGCCUGAGCGGGAAGCUCUCUUAUAAUUGGCUAAUCAUGUUAGUAACCAUGGCGACACCAAUAUUCUCACACGUGAGAGAUGAAAAUAGUAUCUUCACUGCAAGCGAUGAAGACAUGAUUUUUUCGUAAAAGGAAAAAUCCUGGUAUUUCAUCAGUAUCUAUAUAAUAAAGGCGUAUUUUUACCCCCUAAAACAUUUUCACCUGUUCGGAUUUCCUAGCUGAAAGUCUAAUGAUCCGAAAAUUAUAGAGAUCAAAACUCACCUUUUCGAAAAUUUCGACAGAAAAAAGACUCCCGAAAAUUCUAGGUGACCUUUUUAGGGUAAAAAUCCGUUAAAAAUGGGCAAUUAUACCAUUGUUUAGAUGUUCGAAAAUCCUAAGAGGGGCAUGUAAGCAAGAAAUUUUACAAAAAAUGUUCCGAAAAUUCUAGAUCUCAAAUCGUCUUCCAAACAGAUAUUUUCCCAAAAACUGACGUUGGGUGCCCAUGUACAAUUUGAAAUUCAAUCGGAACCACCAGACUGAAUUAUUUUGUUUAACUGACGUGUGAAUUGCUUCAGUGUGCUAUUGAUAUGCGCAAUCGUAGCUUUUCACAAAAAUUGCGAAAAUAAUUGGCCGAAAUUAAACAAAAAAUUCCUACAUAACAAUUAUCUUACGGCGAAAAAAAAAAAUGUUAAAACUGCAGUUAAUGUCUUGCAUCCAUUAUAAACAUGUUGCUCUAAGGAAAUGUUUUCAGCUAAAACCCCUUCCCUACCCCAAUUUCCCAUAUUCUUGGUAUCAUAGGGCAAGUAAUGAGUUUCCACAGUAACUGAUACAAUUUUUAAUUAGUGGUGUACGUAUUCAGUGCCAAUAACGUAACACUUUUCUACUCCUUACAGAUACUUCGAAAUGAUCGUACUACAACUAACUGAAGGAAAAGAUCCUGGCAGCUCUGCGAAUAGAAUUUACGAAAUAAUCGAUCGAAAAUACGAGGACCAGGUGGAAGGCCAGCCAUACAUUACUGCGGAAUUUGCGCGAGAUGAGUCAAGAACGGUAUUCACUGUCGGAGAUGGGAAGUACUAUUCAAGAUCUGCUAUCACUGAAGCUAAACGAAAACGAAAAGAUACAGCAG